AUGGCAGAUUUUAUCUGGGCCCAUGUGUGGUGGGGCAGAAGAGGAAUUAGCAUUCUGCUGAUUAUUUGGAUUGUAGUUCAAUUCCCCCCAUCCUUCAUGCAGCCUCCUCUCCCUCUCUCCCUGCCGGUCCACAUGUCGGUUGUCCCUUCACCCUGGCAGUUCCUCCCUCUGUCUCAGGUGGAGCUGGGCCCUCUUUUCUCCAACUCCAGCCCCUUCUCCUUCACCCAGAGCCUGUUCAUGGUGCGCCCACCUGGCAAGGCCCCCAGACCUGGUCUCCAGGCUUCAUUUGGCCCUUACUCAGUUACACAGCUCGUAUCCGAGCCUGUACUCCCUUUCUCUCCCCUUCUGUCUGCCUCCCUCCUCUCAGAGCAUGUGGAGAUAGAAAGGGAUGAGGGCGGGCAGAAGAGGUUCAGGGUGGGGAUGCUGUUCCAUAGGCGGGGUGGCAACAGCAGCCGAGGGACCUGCAUCACCCUGCAUGCCUUCAAGGAGACAGAGGAGCACAAGGCCUCCUGUAUCACACAGCUUCCUCUAGGGCUGUGCGUUGUAACUCUGACACUGCCUAAUGAUUGGUUUGAGGAUCCACACACCAACCAAUCAGAUCAGGAUUUGGAAAAAUGGCACAGUAACACCCACCAUCGUCGCCGGAUGCAGAAGCGAGAACGGCCGAGGAGGGGACAUCAUCACGGCAACUUUAGAAAUCAAAUACAGCUUUACUACUCCUACUCCGACACUGUGGACGACCUAAAUCUGACACCAACAGGGUGUGUGGAGGACAGAGCAGCUCAGUCGCAGAGGCAGCUCUUCCAUAUCAAAGCAGUGACACUGAAGGAGGAAGUGAGAGAGCAGAGCAGGACCAAUGAAGAAGAAGAAACAUGUUUGCACAGGCAGGAAGAGGAGGAGCUUAACUUGGACCCCCAUGUCAUGAUUCGGUAUCACAGGGGCCCGGUCCUGAUCGGACAGCCAAUCAGAGUGUCUUUGAAUCUGAGAGCUAACUUCAGUGGUGAGCUUGUUGUCAUAAGGCUGAAGGUGAAGAAGGGCUUGGUGUCGAUGGUUGCCAAGAAAACUCUGACCUCUGACUUGUGGGCAGUGACCCUGGAGAGAAGACAAGGCUCCAAACACGAUGUGGUGUCUAUCCUGUGCCACAAACACAGCACACUCAAGCACACACACAAUCCCACUUUACUACAGCAGGUGGUUUGUCUGUCAGUCCACGGCCUGAGGCAGAGCUUCGGUGUUGCCAUGACGGUGUCUGCUUACUGGUGGGUGGAGUAUUCUGGGCAUAUCAAACCCCUAUUGCCACACGGAGCAGCAGUGAGCAUCUUCUCAUUUGCUGAUCGACACAUCUUUAGCAUCGCUCCCAUCACAGAGAGUAACACAAUCAUCAACACGGCCAUACUGACCAACCAGCCAGUGUCACUUCCUGUCAUCGUGCUGGCCAUAAACCAUAAUGGGAAGGUGUCAGAUGUCACCUCUGCAGUCACGUGCCACUCUACCAACGAGGACACUGUCAAGGUGUCCGGUGAUUGCUCAACCCUCUUUGUGGACGGCAGUGAAUCAGGGUUGGGUAACACCUGUGCAGUGGUGGAGUUUCUACUGGGUGCGCUUCGUGGCUCUGUGUGUGUGGAGGUGUGGGCUCCUUCAGUGCCCCUGCGAGUUUCCUUGGCAGACCCUGUUCUCAACGCCAUCGAUGGCUGGAACCACUUCACAAAGACAGGGUGUGUACCAGUGUAUCAACGCUCCUCUGUUCAGGUUCUGACUCAGUUCACAGCUCAGGAUUCUCAUAGCAGAACCACACACCUCCUUGGCUCAUCUGAUUGGUUCGUAGAUGUUACAGAGCUGGUCCGUAACUGGCUGAGAGUAGAAGACCCUCGAGUGGCUUCCCUUGGCGCCCAGAACAACCUGAUUGGUUUACAACCAGGAAAGACAUCACUCCAUGUCGUCUCUGAGCAGUGGGAUGGCAUGCUGGGCAGAUGUGACAUCACUGUGACCUCUGACCCCGUUACUCCUGGGGACCUGUCUGUGCAAGUGGUCAGCGGCCUCGGCAUGUCAAUCACGGCUAACCCAACCAACCCUUCCAUUGUAACAACAACAGUAACUGCCUACAACAUCCUAUACAACCAUCACCAGGAGGCUUCCAUCAGUGUCUGGCUCCAGUUCAGUGACGACACCGCCUCCCUCCUCUCCUCCUUUAGCGACCUUCCCUUUUUCCUACGUCUCUCCUCAUUGGCUGAGACUGUGGUUGUUGUGACGCCCGGUCCCAGCCCACGCAUCUUUGCCCAGGGUGAUGGAGGCGGGCCUUUACUACCUGCAGAUCUUCUGGUGUCAACCUGCACUGAUCAGCCAAUCAUCUCUAACUCUAUCAGUGAAGGCAACAGGGAUUGGACGGACACCGGAGGAGAAGGUGGGACCAGGAGGCUGACGAGAGGAUCUGGUUGGAUAAGAGUCAACCUAGACCUGGGCGUCCUGCAGCCAGAAGAGGACAAGGAUGAUGAGGGGGAGAAGUUUGAGCUUGACAUUUCAGGAACGCUGGUUGAAUCAGACGGCAACAUCUAUGCAUCGAACUCUGACGGGGAUGAAAGUGAGAAUGAAAGCAGUGACUACUAUGACAAAAUCAGUGGCAAGAGACCUGAUAGAAACUGGAACCAGGUGGGGUACGGAGAGAUGGUUAGUUGGAACAAUCUGGAAAGAGCUGUGCUGAUGCCCAGCCAGGAGGAGGGCACUGUGUACUUCUCCCCUAGUCAGGAGAAAGAAGGGAAGCAGGAGGAGGAAGUGGAGGCGCAGGGAGCUAUAGAGCUGGAGGUGGGUGUGGGUGCUGUCCUCUCUCUGCUCUGUCUCUCUGCUGUCCUCUUCCUGGCAAACUGUCUGCCCUGUGCCCUGCGAGACAGAAGGAGGACAACAAUGGAGGAGGAGAGGGAAGGAGAACUAGAGGUAGGUACAAAGGAAGUAGAGGAAGAGGACAGGAAGAAGAGAGAAGGUGAAGACAAGAUAAAGCAGCAGCAUGAGACAAACAAUAAAGAGGAUGUUAAAGAGGUAGAGAUCAUUUGCUGA